AUGGUAGAAAUUAGCAUAUAUGCUAAUGAUCACAAGGCUGACAUUUUCAGUUUCGGAAUAGUGCUAUGGGAACUUUUAACAGGAGAACUUCCAUACUCGUACUUGACACCUUUGCAAGCAGCUGUUGGUGUUGUACAAGAGGGUCUGCGGCCUACAAUUCCGAAGCACGCUCAUCCAAAGCUUGCAGAACUGCUAGAAAAGUGCUGGCAACAAGAUCCAACUCUAAGACCCAAUUUCUCUGAAAUUAUAGAGAUUCUGAAGCAGAUUAGCAAGGAGGUUGGAGAUGAUGGAGAGGGGCACAAGGAUAAAUCAAUAGGCGGAUUCUUCUCAGCACUCAGAAGGGGCCAUCACUAAAGUCCGGAAUAUAUGAUCCUGUGGGCCAUUUUCCAAAUUUCAAUUCCAUUUUCUCAUGUUGAUCAGCUCAUUUGUAGUUUUAACUUGUAUUUUUAUUUUAUUUAUAAUAUAGGAGCUUACCUCGUAAAUUUUGUGUAUUUAGGUUUCUUUCUUUUUCAUUUAGAUUUUUUUUGUCCCCAUCGUAAUUUGUUUCAUUGCGCAAGUUGCACCAUAUGUUGAAAUGGCUGAGUAUGGUUGUAACACGAAAAAUGUUUGAGAGCUUUAAAUUGGGAGCACUGAAGGAGCUCUAGAGAGUGGGUUCCACUAAUUGAUAUAAUGUUUUGAUCUUAAA